AUAUAAUAGUAAAAUUAGAAUUAAUGACUAAUUACAUGGAUCCUGAAGAAGAUUAAGAAAUUAUUGAUUCCAUUCUGAAUGGUACCAUUUAGUUAAUAGAAUUACAGCUCUUGAAAGUGAUGAAGAGAGAUCCUUUUCACCAUCAAUGACAAGAUCUGAAACGAACAGGACUUAUUCUCCUCAAAUAAUGCGAUAGUAACAGUAAUCUACCUUAAGCUAAUUAGAUAUUCAAUAAAGAAAAUAUAAAGUCCAAUAAUUGGUUUCAAACUAGACUGUUGGGCAAUCCAAGCAUUUUCAUUAGAUGAAGAUUCCUACCUUGAUGGAGAUUUAGUAUUGUAUUUACAUAACAUAGAUUCUCAAAUGUAAAGACCAAUAAAAUAGUAGAAAAAUCCAGAGCUUAUUUGAAAAAGGAGAUGACGAAUAAAAAGAAUAUAUAUUUUUUAAAAUAUUACCUGGUAUAGUCUAAUUGGCCAAUGAUAUUUUUGGGAAUUAUGUUGUACAAAGAAUUUUAGAAUAAGGCAAUGAAAAACAAAGAUAGUUAAUCUUUGAUCAACUAGCUGAAUCAAUUUUAUUAUUAAGUUACAAUACUUACGGAUGUAGAGUGGCACAGAAAUUAUUAGAAAUUUCUUAUAAUACUGAUAAAUUCGAAUAGAUGUUUUCUAUUCUUUAAUCCUAAAUAAGAAUUCUUGUUGUAGACAUCAAUGGAAAUCAUGUUAUUUAAAAAAUAGCCGAACUGAUGAAAGCUUAAAAAAUUGAUUGGCUUAUUGAAGGAGUUCUAGGAUAGAUUUAAAAGUUGUCCAAUGACUCUCAUGGUUGCAGAUUGAUUUAAUAAAUUUUAGAAUAGUCUGCUACUUCAUAGGUAUAUUUAUUACUUAAUCUUAUUGUAUUAGUUAAAUAGCAUAUACAAAGAAUUAUUAGCUUUAUAGGAUGAAUUAUGCUUAUCUCAAUAUGGAAAUUAUAUAAUUUAAAUUUUGCUUUAGAAAGGGCCUUUUGAGGUUGUUUAAAAAAUACAAAGCACCAUUAUUAAAAAUUUAGAAAAACUUAGUUGUGAUAAAUUCGGAAGGUAAAUAUGACUGUGAUCUUAAUAGUAAUGUGGUUGAUAAAAGUGUCAAUAUCUCUUCUUUUAUGAGGAAGGAGAUUUUGAAAGUGUUCAUAAACAAUAUGAAUAUUUUUUAUAGGUUAUCCAACAAUUGUUAUGGGAAUUAUGUUAUCUAAAAUUUUUGUAAAUAACUUGAUCAUAGUUAAUUAUUAAAAAUACAUCCAGAAGGUAAUUAACUUAAUACUUAAUUUGGUUAACAUGUACUCUAAACCUUAUAAAAAUUAAAAAAUUGA